AUGAUUCCUCCGAGCAGCACGGCUGAAGUCAGCGUGGACAGUGUGGAGAAAGAGAAUGAAGUGGAGAGCACAGAGCAGCCCCCAUCUCCAGCAUCAACUACCAGCCAGGAAUCAAAGCUGCAGAAACUGAAACGAUCCCUCUCCUUCAAGACUAAAAGCUUGCGGAGUAAAAGUGCAGACAAUUUCUUCCAGAGGACUAAUAGUGAUGUGAAACUGCAAGUAGAUUUGAUGCCUGAGGUGAGCACAAGCACUGGGCAGCUCCCCAACUCAGAGAGCCAGGCAUCUUCACCUACCAGAGCCCAACAGCUGCCAGAAAACAGCAAGACUCACAUCUUCCAGGAACACGUCUUCAAAAAACCAACCUUCUGUGAUGUCUGCAACCAUAUGAUUGUUGGGACAAACGCUAAGCAUGGACUGCGCUGUAAGGCGUGCAAGAUGAGCAUCCACCACAAGUGUGCAGACAGUAUCGGACAGCAGCGUUGCAUGGGCAAGCUGCCAAAGGGAUUUCGACGGUACUACAGCUCACCACUACUCAUUCAUGAACAGUUUGGCUGCAUCAAAGAAGUGAUGCCUAUUGCCUGUGGAAAUAAGGUUGACCCUGUCUAUGAAACUCUCCGCUUUGGGACUUCCUUAGCCCAGAAAACCAAAAAGGGAAGUUCUGGAAGUGGAUCUGACUCUCCCAACAGAAACUCUACAGCUGACUUGGUAGAAGUUCCAGAGGAAGGCAAUAGCUCUGCAGGCACCCUUGACAUAAGCAGAAAACGCAGCAACAGCGUGUUUACAUACUCUGAAAAUGGCACAGAACACUUUGGAGAAGAACCAAAAAGUAUACAUUCCCCGGGACCAUUUUAUAAAAGCACGUUACAAAUGAACACCUAUGUUGCCUUGUACAAAUUUGUACCACAAGAAAAUGAAGACUUGGAGAUGAGGCCAGGGGAUAUGAUCACACUUCUGGAAGACUCUAAUGAAGACUGGUGGAAGGGGAGAAUUGAUGACAGAACUGGAUAUUUUCCUGCUAACUUUGUUCAGAGAGUGCAACAAAAUGAGAAGAUUUACAGGUGUAUCAGGACAUUCAUUGGCUGCAAGGAGCAGGGACAGAUAACUCUGAAAGAGAACCAGAUUUGUGUGACUUCUGAAAAGGAACACGAUGGCUUUAUCAAGGUAUACAGCGGGAAGAAGAAAGGCUUUGUCCCCAUGGACAUCUUAGAAAACAUCUGA